AUGGCAUCCAAUUUCGGGAAUAGAGGAAUUGGACAAUAUUUAUAUUCUCGAAUAAUUAAUAUUGUGUCUAAAGAAUUGCGUCGAAUACUUUUAGCACUUCUUAAGAAAUAUCCUGAUCGUAUAACAUCUGUUAUUUAUAACCUCUUAGCACAAGAGCCAUCUAUUGACAUGGAAGCACCAACUGAGAUAAAGAGAGGUUUAUUGAUUCUGAAUAAAGCAAAAAAAUUCAAGCGCGUCGCCUCAAAGAGAACAAUUAAAUUAUGUGCAAAAUCUGGUGAUAGAUUUGUUGAAAAAGAUCGAGUUCCACAUUUAUUGUUUUAUGGACCUUUCGGUACAGGAAAAACUACAACAAUAUUAGCUUUUGCGAGAAAGUUAUAUGGUUCAACUUCAUUUGAAUUAAAGUUAAACGCGUCAGAUGAUCAAUGGUCUGACAUGCAAGCACGAAACGCGUUGAGACGAAGUAUUGUUCUUAAUGCUCUUAAUUGUAAUAUAUCACUGGAUGGAAUUUCUGCUUUGCAAAGGAUCGAUAAUGGAGAUAUGAGAAAAGCUUUAAAUGGUUUGCAGGUAUGUCACGUUGCAUAUAAUUAUAUUGAUGAAACAGUGGUAUAUAAAUGUACUGGAAAUCCGGAACCUGAAGAUAUCAAAUAUAUCGUCUUAAAAAUGAAUUUAAUACAGCAUAUUCUAGUAAUUAAAGCAAGAAAAAGUUUUGCACUACAAGAUAUUGUAGCAGAGGUUCAUAAAUAUUUGAAUAAUUUUGAAAUGCCAC